AUGAAAUAUUUAAAUAUAUUUGUUAUUUUAGUAUUGUUUGUUUUUGGUUGUGUUAAUGCUGAUUCAUCGUCAGCCAAUGGUGUAAAUCUUUUAUCAGUUUCAACCCUCCAAUCUUUCAACCAAAUUAACAUAUUAAAUUCAGAUAAUGGUGUUUCUUUCAAUCAUACUUUUUCUUGUCAAGGAAAUUUAGAAGAUGUCCUAUUUUAUGAUGAUAAUACUGGUUCUGUCCUUUUAAUGACUCGUAGCGGUAUAGGUUUUACUUUUUAUUUAUAUAGCGUUGAUACUGUUAGUCUUGUUCAAGUUGGAUACGUCCCAAUAGAAGGUGGUGAGGCAUACAUGCACAGAACACAAAGAUAUGUUUAUAAUUCCCAAUCAAAAACUGUAUACUUGGUAGUUUCAACCCCUUCAUCCCCAGUUAAUAUUUUAGAAAUUGAGGUUGCUGGUGGUAAAAUGAAUUUUAUUCCAAUUGCUGCUCCAUAUCCAAACAGUUCACCAAGUGCCAUUCAAGCCUUUGACGCUAUAAACUCAAUUUUAUAUAUUACUUAUAUUGACACAACUGGUGGUGUUAGCAUUGUUUCAGUUGAUACUACAACCUAUACUGUAAUUAAAUCAUAUUCAACAAUCGAUAACGUCUUUAAUGGUUUAGUUAAUUUUAUGUUUACCAACCAAAAUGGACAAUUAUUUUUAGUUAAACCAACUCGUUAUUCACAAACAUCAAUUACAAUUUGCAGAGUAGACUUUGGUACAACUGAAAAUACCUGUGCAGAUUUAUUAAAUGUAGAAAUCGGUGAUUAUACAACUAAAUACCAACCAUAUAUUGUAAAUGGCGAUAAUUCAAAAUUAAUGUUAAUUAUGAUGGGUACCUCAAACAAUAUAACCACCACUUUCAACUUAAACUUAUUAGAUAUUAAUAACAACUUUACUUCCGAACUUGUCAACAUCCCAAUUGAUAAUAAUUGGUAUUUAUCUUCAGAAAUCUAUAGAUUCUAUUUUAAUUUUUAA